AUGAAAAUAGCAGUUUAUGGAAAAGACGGAAUUGGUAAAUCAACCACUAGUUGUAAUAUUUCAAUUGCCCUAGCUAGAUGUGGUGAAAAAGUGUUACAGAUUGGAUGUGAUCCCAAACAUGAUAGUACUUUUACUCUGACAGGAUUUUUGAUACCUACAAUUAUAGAUACUUUGCAGUCCAAAGAUUAUCAUUAUGAAGAUAUUUGGUCCGAAGAUGUCAUUCAUAAAGGUUAUGGAGGGGUAGAUUGUGUGGAAGCUGGGGGGCCGCCUGCAGGAGCCGGAUGCAGGGGAUAUGUGGUAGGAGAGACUGUGAAAUUGUUAAAAGAAUUAAAUGCAUUUUACGAAUAUGAUAUAAUAUUAUUUGAUGUAUUGGGCGACGUGGUUUGUGGAGGUUUUGCUGUUCCGUUGAAUUAUGCAGAUUAUUGUGUCAUUAUUACAGAUAAUGGAUUUGAUGCAUUAUUUGCAGCUAAUCGUAUUACUGCUUCUAUUAGGGAAAAAGCUCGUACACAUCCACUGCGAUUAGCAGGUUUGGUUGGAAAUCAUACAUCUAAAAGAGAUCUUAUCAAUAAAUAUGUAGAAGCUUGUCCAAUGCCCGUAAUAGAAGUGUUACCUCUUAUUGAAGAUAUUCGAGUUUCGAGAGUCAAGGGCAAAACCUUAUUUGAAAUGGUUGGAUCAUAA